CUUGAUGUCAGCUACUCUCUUCUUACCUUCCCAUUCUCAUCCCUAGAUAAUGUGAAUCCUAGCAAGAAGGAAGAUGGGAAGAGCCUUCCUGAAGAACUGUGGUUGCAUCACAUGCUCAUUGACUCUCCUGGGCAGAUUUUUGAUGUUGCGAUUGAUGAAAUCAAGAAGGAGAAGGUGGUUGGAGUGAAUUUUGAGGGUGUUGGUUCUACAUUGUCUCUUGUUUCUAUUGCAAUUCCAAGAGAGACAUUCCUAUUUGACAUUGUUGUCCUUGUUGGAGGCUCAAAAUUCCUGCUACCUAUGCCACUCAAGAACAUUCUCGAGUCAAAGAAACUACUCAAAGUGAUCACCUCCUCCAAGAGCUGUAGUAGAUAUCUGCUUGCAUAUUCUAUCCACAUGAAUGGCAUCUUGGAUAUUCAGGAAUGUGAGAAGUUCAUCUGUACAUCAGAGGGUACCUGUUGGACACCAGAAUGGAGCAUCAACCUCUGUGCCUGGGCACAUACUCCAAAAUUCUCACUUCUUGAUCUUGAGGGAGGAGAGGCAUUGCUCAUGAGACCCCUGAGCUCAGAGCAGAAAGUAACAGCCACACAGAAAGCAUCUGCCCUCUUGCUCAAGUAUGAUGACAUACUCAAGCAGUAUCUUGCUCGUUUCCAUGAGUGCAUUGACCUCUACCUGUCAGCAUGGAGAGACAUCUCAACCGAGGAAAGGGCUUCUGCAGCUAUGGCUAUGAGUCAUAAAGCCCCCCCAGCAGUUGUGCAAGUUCUCAGUUUGAAGUUUGGAGAGCAAGAGAGGAAGUUCAAUAGGCAGAGAGCAAUUGAUGAGGACCACAACAAGGAUGAUCCCAUGCCAUCUCUGUUAGAGUCUCCUGCUUGGAUCAAGGCCAUUCGAGCAUCUUCCCAUCAUCCAUCCUCAACAUGACUCUGAAUUCUAUUUUUUGAGAAGCAUGAUAUGACCUUCUAUGCUCAGUCAGCUCACCUCAGUGAUAAUUGUUGAAAGGGUCCUGUGAUGGGUUCAUAUGUACAUGCUAUCAGUUCAAUUGCAACAUUACAUUCCUUCCCUUUGUGUUUUUUCUUCAUGCAUCUCCUGAUUUUUUUAUAACAAGAAAUGCAAUUCUUUGGACUUUGUAUUCUAGUGUAAUAAGAGAACACCUGAAUAGUGGAAUUCCUGAUAAUGGAAUUAGAUUGAUCAGAGAAUAAAGUGUGUAGCUUUCAUAAC